AUGGGAAGUUUACCAAGCUCACGAGUUACUCCAGCGCUCCCAUUUGAAACCUGUGGUACAGAUUUUGCAGGGCCAUUUUAUAUAUUGAACCGCAAGGGUAGAGGCGCAAAAACUACGAAGGGAUACUUGUGUAUAUUUGUAUGCUUCGCCACUAAAGCUUUGCAUUUAGAAGUUGUUACCGACUUAAGCACUCAGGCAUUUUUACUUUGUUUGCGGCGAUUCAUAUCACGUCGCGGAAAACCACAUACAAUAUACUGCGACAAUGGUAAAAAUUUUGUAGGAGCGAAUGGAGAGUUAGUUAGACUUUUAGCAAGGGCAAAUAAUGAUGUAAGCGAAUUCUCAUGUAAAGAAGGCAUUAAUUUCAAAUUUUCACCGCCUUACUCGCCUAACUUUGGGGGUAUAUGGGAGUCCAGCUUAAAAAUGGCAAAAUUUCACCUAAAGCGUGUAAUAGGCAAUGCAAAUUUAACCUUUGAGGAAAUUACUACCGUUUUCGCACAAAUUGAGGCAAUAUUAAAUUCUCGUCCGUUGACUGCACUAUCAUCGGACCCAUCAGAUUUAUCUCCUUUAACUCCUGGGCAUUUUCUAAUUGGUCGUCCGUUGACUUCAUUACCUUCACCAGUUAUAGAAAGGAACAAUGUCGACAACACUUCUGGCAAAGAUGGUCCAAGGAAUUCCUGUCUGAAUUACAAGAACGAGUGA